UUUUCAACAUUGAUGCUUCGCUGCCAUACAACCAUGGUUUAUGUGAAGAAAAUAAAAAAAGCCUACUACAAUCAGUCCGGACACUCAUUCAUUCAGACAAUCUGGAUAGAAACUGACAACACGAACGUCACUGACAUCCAUGAGCAGACAUAUCUCGCAGCGUCUCCGAACAAUUGGGACCACGCAGCCCCCACCCUGAAAGAAACAUACAAUGUGGUACUUGCGGGUGAUAUGAAUGCUCAAUUCGGUCGUCUGAGCUCUUUGGAACCACAUUUGGGCGGUCAUUUCGGAAUCAAUGCUCGCCGCACAGGCAACGGAGAGCGACUGCUCCAAUUGUGUCAGAUCCUUAACUGUUUUAGCCAGUACGAACUUCCAUGUUUGACCAUCAAUGUCUUCGGAGAAUUGCCCGAGUCAGGUGGUACACCGGAUCAGCAAUGCUUAACUGAUAAUGAGGAUGGUUCCUCAAAACCACCAGAGAACCGUAGGCGUCCUCAAACUUUUCGACAUUGGUGUCUCGUAACACAGGAAGAGUUCACCGAGUGCACUAUGGAGUCUGUGGUACCCAAUACGAAGUUAUCCCACGAUAUUCCUUGGGUUGAAAAGUACCGGCCCGUCGUCCUGACAGACAUUGUGGGCAACGAAGCAACCAUUCUACGACUGACUGCAUUCUCCCGUGAAGGGAACGUGCCAAAUAUUAUAAUCGCGGGACCGCCAGGAUGCGGUAAGACCACCAGUAUUCUUUGUUUGGCUCACGCCCUCAUCGGUAGUUCGUACAAGGAGGCCGUACUCGAACUGAAUGCUUCCAAUGAUCGUGGAAUUGACGUGGUCCGGAACAAAAUCAAGAUGUUUGCCCAAAAGAAAGUGACCCUGCCUCCGGGACGUCAAAAAAUAAUCAUUCUGGACGAAGCUGACAGCAUGACUGAGGGUGCGCAACAGGCCCUAAGACGCACAAUGGAAAUCUACUCGCGCACCACACGGUUCGCACUGGCCUGCAAUGACUCUUCAAAACUUAUCGAACCCAUCCAAUCCCGAUGCGCGGUUUUACGCUACGCUCGCCUGACCGCGGCACAAAUUAUGGCCAGAUUACUUGAAGUAUGUCGUGCGGAAAGUGUUUCCUACACGGAUGAGGGCUUGGAAGCAAUUGUAUUCACGGCGGAUGGUGAUAUGCGACAGUGGGCCAGCUGCAGAAUUGCACGAGUUGCAAACUAUGGCAUUCACGAUACAAACAUGGUUGAGGCCAUGCACCGAUGCCUGAAAAUGGAACUACUUAACGGGAAAAUUGGACUGUGGGAGGCCAUACGGGUUUCACGGAUGAGCGCGACGUAUUUGAUAUGGAAUCGUCAGAAAACCGUAUCCGAUGCGUCUCGUCGUGAUCUUUGCAUUGUCGGCCAUCCUGAAUUGGAUAGAUUGUGCCGUCGUUUGAUGCCAUACGCCAUUUCCAAAAUGGCAUCUGAUUUGAGCUCAACCCAUCCAAUUACGGUCAUGAGCAGCGACGAGCACGCUACCAUCAUGAUGGAUCGUCGGCGGGAGACAAUCACCCAUGCAACCCGAACGUGCACGUGUAAGAAGUUUGUUCAAUUUGGCAUACCUUGCCGGCAUCUUCUGCACUUUGCCAUGGCACAGAAUGGAGAGACCACCGAACUUCCCGUGUGUUCCCGUUGGACCCGUGAAAACAACGGUGCGAUUGCUGUUUCAUUUGCGCAGUUGGAUGCGCCAAGAAGUGGAACGCGAAACCCAAGCGCCUUGUUGAACAUGGUGUUGAACGACGUGCGAACACUGUAUCAGCGGAUGGAGCUCGAGCAUUUUGCAGUGUACUCCGCUUGGCAUCGUAGUUUCGUGCAGCAGGCUGGCCCACGAGAGUCACCCCCUUUUAUUUUUCCACCUCCCGUCAACCUGAGUACGGAUACGAGCAUCGCGGACUACGACCAAUUGCCUCCGUCUGUAUUGUUGAACUUGGAUGCUCCUGCCCUCGUUGCGACGGAGAUUCCUGAGGGACUUGUCACAGAGGCCCCUGAAGACUCUGUUGUUCCCGGCGAAGUUGCGGUUGUAGAUAUUUCCAGCUUGGAUGAUGAUGGGACUAUCCCAGCUGUCCAAACUGGGCCGAGACGAGCAGUCGGUGUGUACGACGCGAGGCGAGAUCCCCGGUCGGAAACCGUGGAUGAAACACCCACCGUACCCAGUUUGCAAGAUUUCCUAGUAGAUGAUACCAUCUGUGCCGAGUGCGGCCUAGAAGAUCCUGAGGAAAACGAAGGAAGAACCGUCAACUGGGUUCAAUGUCCGUAUUGCACACGGUGGCACCAUCGCAGCUGCCUUAUCCAACCCCCCAUUGUAACUAUAUUUUGGUGUUUUUUUUCUCUCGUUGCAGCUGCUCCCGUGUCUGCGGAAGAGUACACAGUGGACGUCACCCCCUUGUUCGCGAGUCACCUGGGUAGCCGAGUAUUCGGCAACGUUCAUGAACUGGUGCACCGCAUUAAGCAGUUCGAGCGGUUAUCGGGAUGGUACUGCAGUGUGCGAAACUCGAAAGCGAAUUCCUCUGGUGAGAAAACUUUCAUCAAAUACCAAUGCCACCGGAAGGGGUUCGCACGUCCUCCAAACGAGGGAAAACGACGCCGGCUGCUUGAUCACACACAUUGUGAGGCGUUCUUUAACGUUGGCAGACUGGGAACCUUCUUUCGGGUUACGAAAUCUCAUAUGGUACACAAUCACGAGCUGCUUGGUCCCGAAGCAUCUCGGUGGUUUGACCGUAACCGUCGACUGCUGCCGGAGGAACUGGAAAUCAUUCGGCCAAUGCUUGAAUGUCGGAGCCGAUGCUUUAACAUCCGGUUCUAUGUGAGGUCGAAGUUCGGUAAAUAUCUCACAACCAGCGAUAUCGGCAAUAUCCGGGCGCGACACAUGUUUGGGCGGAACAAUCCAAGUUAUAUUCUCGACUUGGAGUCGCAGUUCAACGAACAAGGACGAGCCCGCUGUUUGAGGGAUGGAAGUAACAGAGUGACCCACUUCAUCUACUCCACCUCAGAGAUGCUCGAUCUGUACAGACGGUUUCCCGAUUUUUUACUUAUCGACAGUACUUUUUCCACGAACCAACACAAAUAUUUUUUGUAUCAGUUGCUUAUAGUCGAUGGCUGCCGUAAACGUCUACCUGUGGCCAUUGGUUUUCUUUGGCGGGAGACUGAGGCAGACGUGCGAACGUUUCUGCUAACUUUUCUGGAGUUUGUCGGUAGCGGUUCUCUGGUCAAGUGCAUCAUAUCUGACGGAACGUUAUCAAACGUUUACCACGAUCGCAAUCAUUUACGCGUUUUUUUCGUUGCCAUGCACACAUCCCGAUUGUGGAAGUAUUUAGCGUUUUUGGAACUUAUUCGUUUAAAUGACCAUCCUUUUUUCAUGUGCAUAAAUUCGUUUCUUCUCCCGAACGCUUCCAAGUGGGCCAGCUGCAGAAUGCCACGAGUUGCAAACUAUGGCAUUCACGAUACAAACAUGGUCGAGGCCAUGCACCGAUGCCUGAAAAUUGGACUGUGGGAGGCCAUACGGGUUUCACGGAUGAGCGCGACGUAUGUGAUAUGGAAUCGUCAGAAAACCGUAUCCGAUGCGUCUCGUCGUGAUCUUCGCAUUGUCGGCCAUCCUGAAUUGGAUAGAUUGUGCCGUCGUUUGAUGCCAUACGCCAUUUCCAAAAUGGCAUCUGAUUUGAGCUCAACCCAUCCAAUUACGGUCAUGAGCAGCAACGAGCACGCUACCAUCAUGAUGGAUCGUCGGCGGGAGACAAUCACCCAUGCAACCCGAACGUGCACGUGUAAGAAGUUUGUUCAAUUUGGCAUACCUUGCCGGCAUCUUCUGCACUUUGCCAUGGCACAGAAUGGAGAGACCACCGAACUUCCCGUGUGUUCCCGUUGGACCCGUGAAAACAACGGUGCGAUUGCUGUUUCAUUUGCGCAGUUGGAUGCGGCAAGAAGUGGAACGCGAAACCCAAGCGCCUUGUUGAACAUGGUGUUGAACGACGUGCGAACACUGUAUCAGCGGAUGGAGCUCGAGCAUUUUGCAGUGUACGCCGCUUGGCAUCGUAGUUUCGUGCAGCAGGCUGGCCCACGAGAGUCACCCCCUUUUAUUUUUCCACCUCCCGUCAACCUGAGUACGGAUACGAGCAUCGCGGACUACGACCAAUUACCUCCGUCUGUAUUGUUGAACUUGGAUGCUCCUGCCCUCGUUGCGACGGAGAUUCCUGAGGGACUUGUCACAGAGGCCCCUGAAGACUCUGUUGUUCCCGGCGAAGUUGCGGUUGUCGAUAUUUCCAGCUCUGAUGAUGAUGGGACUAUCCCAGCUGUCCAAACUGGGCCGAGACGAGCAGUCGGUGUGUACGACGCGAGGCGAGAUCCCCGGUCGGAAGUCGUGGAUGAAACACCCACCAUACCCAGUUUGCAAGAUUUCCUAGUAGAUGAUACCAUCUGUGCCGAGUGCGGCCUAGAAGAUCCUGAGGAAAACGAAGGAAGAACCGUCAACUGGGUUCAAUGCACACUCGUCAUGGCUUCCUCGUCGCAGUCUCUCGUUGCAGCUGCUCCCGUGUCUGCUGAAGGGUACACAGUGGACGUCACCCCCUUGUUCGCGAGUCACCUGGGUAGCCGCGUAUUCGGCAACGUUCAUGAACUGGUGCACUGCAUUAAGCAGUUCGAGCGGUUAUCGGGAUGGUACUACAGUGUGCGAAACUCGAAAGCGAAUUCCUCUGGUGAGAAAACUUUCAUCAAAUACCAAUGCCACCGGAAAGGGUUCGCACGUCCUCCAAACGAGGGAAAACGACGCCGGCUGCUUGAUCACACACAUUGUGAGGCGUUCUUUAACGUUGGCAGACUGGGAACCUUCUUUCGGGUUACGAAAUCUCAUAUGGUACACAAUCACGAGCUGCUUGGUCCCGAAGCAUCUCGGUGGUUUAACCGUAACCGUCGACUGCUGCCGGAGGAACUGGAAAUCAUUCGGCCAAUGCUUGAAUGUCGGAGCCGAUGCUUUAACAUCCGGUUCUAUGUGAGGUCGAAGUUCGGUAAAUAUCUCACAACCAGCGAUAUCGGCAAUAUCCGGGCGCGACACAUGUUUGGGCGGAACAAUCCAAGUUAUAUUCUCGAUUUGGAGUCGCAGUUCAACGAACAAGGACGAGCCCGCUGUUUGAGGGAUGGAAGUAACAGAGUGACCCACUUCAUCUACUCCACCUCAGAGAUGCUCGAUCUGUACAGACGGUUUCCCGAUUUUUUACUUAUUGACAGUACUUUUUCCACGAACCAGCACAAAUAUUUUUUGUAUCAGUUGCUUAUAGUCGAUGGCUGCCGUAAAAGUCUACCUGUGGCCAUUGGUUUUCUUUGGCGGGAGACUGAGGCAGACGUCCGAACGUUUCUGCUAACAUUUCUGGAAUUUGUCGGUAGCGCUUCUCUCGUCAAGUGCAUCAUGUCUGACGGUGCGCUUGCCAUCGGAAACGCAAUUGCUAGUGUUUUUCCUUUUGCUUAUCAUUUAUUAUGUCGUGUACAUAUUCUUAGGAACGUUAUCAAACGUUUUCCACGAUCACAAUCAUUUACGCGUUUUUUUGUUGCCAUGCACACAUCCCGAUUGUGGAAGUAUUUAGCGUUUUUGGAACUUAUACGUUUAAAUGACCCUCCUUUUUUCAUGUACAUAAAUUCGUUUCUUCUCCCGAACGCUUCCAAGUGGGCCAGCUGCAGAAUGCCACGAGUUGCAAACUAUGGCAUUCACGAUACAAACAUGGUCGAGGCCAUGCACCGAUGCCUGAAAAUGGAACUACUUAACGGGAAAAUUGGACUGUGGGAGGCCAUACGGGUUUCACGGAUGAGCGCGACGUAUUUGAUAUGGAAUCGUCAGGAAACCGUAUCCGAUGCGCCUCGCCGUGAUCUUUGCAUUGUCGGCCAUCCUGAAUUGGAUAGAUUGUGCCGUCGUUUGAUGCCAUACGCCAUUUCCAAAAUGGCAUCUGAUUUGAGCUCAACCCAUCCAAUUACGGUCAUGAGCAGCGACGAGCACGCUACCAUCAUGAUGGAUCGUCGGCGGGAGACAAUCACCCAUGCAACCCGAACGUGCACGUGUAAGAAGUUUGUUCAAUUUGGCAUACCCUGCCGGCAUCUUCUGCACUUUGCCAUGGCACAGAAUGUAGAGACCACCGAACUUCCCGUGUGUUCCCGUUGGACCCGUGAAAACAACGGUGCGAUUGCUGUUUCAUUCACACCGUUGGAUGCGCCAAGAUAUGGAAUGCGAACACCAAGCGCCUUGUUGAACAUGGUGUUGAACGACGUUCGAACACUUUAUCAACGGAUGGAGCCCGGACAUUUUGCAGUGUAUGCCAUGUGGCAUCGUAGUUUUGUACAGCAGGCUGGUACCCGGGAGUUAUCCCCAUUUACUUUCCCAUCUCCCAUCAACCUGAACACGGAUACGAGCAUCGCUGACUACGACCAACUGCCGCCGUCUACAUUGUUGAACUUGGAUGCUCCUGCCCUCCUUCCGACGGAGAUUCCGAAAGGACUUGUCACAGCUGGCCCAGAAGACUCUGUCGUUCACGAUGAAACGGCCGUUGUUGAUAUUUCAAGCUCGGAUGAGGGAGGGAAGCAGGGACUGUUCCAGCUGUCCAACCUGGCCCGCGACGAGCAAUUGGCAUUGAACAAUCUUCAAUCCACUCACCAAGGAUUUGGAAUGGUCACCAGCGAAAACGUUUUCAAGGUUUGCGAUGAACCUCAUCCCAUGCUCGUGAAGCAGCUCCUAGACCACUGUGUGAAAAGCGAUUUCACUGAGGCGCACAAAAUCCUUCGUCAUCUAUGGACUUUGGGCUAUUCGGCAGAGGAUAUUAUGUCAAUUUUGUUUCGCGUGCUUAAGAACCACCCAAUGGAAGAAUACAUCAAACUGGAAUUCCUCAAGAAUAUGCAACGCAUUCUCCGGUUGACCACACUUUCCACGACAGAAGAUCAUCUGGCAUACAUGGUCAUGCCUGGCGCUUCUAACUCUCAUCUCCCAUCCCCGCCCACCCUUACUCUUUUGGUUACAAUAAGGCUUUCAAAUAAAUCAUGGCUGUACGGCAGUGAAGCGUCAGUGUUGAACACUGAUGUCGUGUGUCGGUGA